AGUUCGUAAUCCUUUUUGCAGGAAGUUGGCCCUUUUGAUACGGUCUAGUUAAAUUUGAAAUUUGCUGCGGGGUUUUCUACAUGGUAUUCACGGAUCUUCUGCACUUCUUCGCGGCUGAAGAGCCUGCCGUGGAGGAGGAUAUUUCGGAAGAUGAGUUGGAUCUCGCCGAAAAGCUUUUCUUCGGUAUAAUUGCAUUUGUAUGGCUCAUAUACUCAUGGGAAACAUUCCUGUCUCUUCGACAAAGGAAAGUUUACCAAAAAAAUCCGACGGUUCCCGUUGAUUUGGAAACUGUGAUGGACGCAGAAACCUUCCAAAAGGCUCGACUUUACGAAUGGGACAAGUGUUCAUUUUCCUUGUUGAAGGACUUCAUUUCACAGAUCAUCACGACGGUGUUGCUGGUAUGGGGAAUGCUGCCGUAUGCCUGGGAAAUUUCUGGAGAAACGUUUCGUCGAGGUCUAAUAAUUGCAAACGUGGAUCCAACACCCUUUUUGACCAUCCAUGACCCUGAUGAUUUCGAAGUUGAGUACGACGAAGGAACUUUCUUGGGUGCUUUGAAUAUUCAUGGAGAAAUCGGACAAAGCAUCGUGUGCUUGUUAUUGAUGUCAGUAUUCAGCAGACUCAUCGACCUUCCAUUCAGUAUUUACAAAACGUUCGUUCUUGAGGAAAGGCAUGGAUUCAACCGUCAGACGCCGUGGUUUUUUGCGAAGGACAAAUUGAAGGCUUUCAUCGUCGAUCUGGUGAUCACGGUUCCUAUCACUGUCGGCGUCCUGUAUAUUAUCCACGCUGGCGGAGAACUUUUCUUCGUAUAUCUGUGGGGAUUCUGUUGCGUUGUGUCGUUGUUUUUGAUGGCGAUUUACCCAUCCGUCAUUGCACCGCUUUUUGACAAGUACACAGUGUUGCCUGAAGGUCCGUUGAAGGUGGAGAUUGAGGCGAUGGCUUCAAAAGUCAAGUUCCCGCUCAAGAAGCUUUACAUCGUGGAAGGUUCGAAGCGUUCUGCUCACAGCAACGCUUACUUCUACGGUUUAUUCAGUAACAAACGGAUUGUUUUGUACGACACGCUUGUUGCGGAUUACACGCCGUUGAACAAAGCAGACGAAGGAAAAGAAGCGAAAGGACCUGAAAAGAAAUUGGAUAAAGACAAGGAGAAUUCGGCUGAGUCGGAAACAAACGUAGACAGUGAAGAAGCACCCAAGAAAACCAAGGGGUGCAAGAAUUUUGAAGUCGUGGCUAUCCUUUGCCAUGAACUGGGUCACUGGAAGAAGAGUCAUAUUCUGUUCCACAUCGUGUUUGGCCAGGUGAACCUCUUCUUGAUGUUCGCGCUGUUUGCGAUGUUGUAUCGCCAGCCUUUAUUUUUCUACGCGUUUGGGUUCAUCGAUGAGCAGCCUUUGCUGAUCAGCCUUGUCAUCAUCCUUCAGUUCGUCUUCAUGCCUUAUCAUGCUUUGCUCGGCUUCCUCAUGUCUGUUGUGAGCCGGAAGUUCGAGUUCCAAGCUGAUCGUUAUGCCGCGGAGUUGGGCCACGCGUCAGGUUUGCGUUCCGGUUUGGUGAAACUCAAUCUUGACAACUUGAAUUUCCCCAUCUACGACUGGAUGUAUUCCGCAUGGCAUCAUUCACAUCCUACGUUGCUCCAGCGGUUGGACGCGUUGAAAAAAUUCGAAUAAUUUUUUGUUGCACUGACAAGUUUUUCGCGAAUGCUCUUCGGUUUUUUUCUGCGUUUUUUUCGAAUUUUUGCGGAAUGGAAAAUUGGCUUAGUUUUUUGACGAAGUGAAACUUUUUUCUGUUUUUUUCGUGACUUCCGACGAGCCGAAAGCAUCUUCUCGAAAGUGAGGGGAGAUCGGCUUUCAUCUGAGCAUUCCUGUGAUCAUUUUUUCGUGAGAAAUAUGUAAUGGUCAAGUGUGUGAAUGUUUUGUUCUUGGUGAUCUGUUCAAGUUGAUGCGGCCGAAACUUGGUUUUGAAUGACGAAUUCCGACUUCAAGUGAGGUAAGCUUUGUUUUUCGUUUUUCUGUUUUGAGCGUGAGUGGCGUUAUAAGCUUAUUGGGCGGGUAUUUCGACUUCUUGGCUCCGAAUGAGGCUUUUCCGUAGCUUUCCGAGUAUUCGUUUGUCCGUGCGACGUAACUUCGAACAUAAAUUUUGUCCGCCGUUCAUAUGUUUCCAGAUGCAGCGAUUUCAUUUGUAAAAGAAUGGAAAGUAUAAAUUGCCACCUCAUUCAGAGCAGAUCAGUCGUCGGUGUGCAAUUUGCAUACGUGUCGUGUGGGUGGAGAAUUAUUGUCGUUGAUUUUAUCGGGAAUUAUUUCAGAGCCGAAUAUUCGUUCGAGUUUUCCGGCCGAACUUUUGAGGUUGUCUUGUGAGUUAGUGGUUUUUCGAGAAAAUGUAGGCAUUAUGUCUGUUGUCAUGAAAAUCAACGGUAUUUUUAAUCAACUCGAGGAUCGUGAAAUGGAGAAUAACAAAUUUGUUUAGAAUA